CGAGAAGGUUCCGGAUUCGGUGAUCCAAACGGUCGCGGAUGUCGGCCACAGUCAACAGCUCAACCACUCCGUAACUUCGACUGUAUCCAAAGCUCAUGACACGCCGCGCAUUUCCCAUGCGUAAAAUGGUUCGUGGAAAUGGCCGAGUGCUUUGGAAGGGGCGAGAGAGGGAGGAGCAAGAGUGCUCCUGCUACCUUGCUGUCCUGCUACGUAGGUACUUGACUGAUUCUAUUGAUCCUGCCACCUCUCUGACCUGCCACCUUCCUAUCCUUCUUGCGAUCCUCCUUCGUACCUUACUGGCCCUGCUGCCUUGCUGUCCUGCUACCUCUGACCUGCGACGUACCUUCCAUUACUGAUUUACUGAUCCUGCUGCCUUGCCGUCACAGGUCUGAUAUCUAUAUCAACCCAACCUCCCACUCUUCUCUUCCUCAAGCCGCAGUUUUCUUCAUCACCUCAAACCACGCCUCCUAGGAACAGCACCUCUUCCCUUAAUUUUGGUCUUCCGUGCAUAUUCAACCAUGAAUACUAUCCAGAAGUGCAUGCGUGCGACGUUCCGACGCAAUCCAAGCCCACUACUCCCAGUGGUGCAGACAAGACUCAUUGCAACAAGACCAGGUCUACCACCAUCUGAUCAACUGCCAUCUGAUCAACCGCCAUCUGAUCAACCGCCAUCUGAUCAACCACCACCUGAUCGACCAACCAACGACACAGCCGAACUUCUUCGAGCUGUCGAGGCACUCAACACUCAGGUUGCAGCACUUGCCGCAGUUCCCCCGCAGGUUGCAGCAAUUCAUGAGACCGUGCAACGAGAAUCGAAAUGGUGGCGCAGGUUUCUCUUCUAGUUGUCGUCAGUCGUGUCGUCUGCGAUUGUGGUGAGCCAUCUAAGCGUAAGUAUGUCUCCUCUGGCGGCGUGUCCUUUACUAACAUUCCCAGGAUGCGUGGGAAUGGGUGACUGCCACCUAUGAAAGACACGUGGGAUAGUACCCAUUAUUAAAAAACUCAACGACGCCUCUGUCCCGUCCCGCCCUAUUUCCCUUUUAUUCGCCUACGAAUAGUUCCGGAAAUGAGUAGAAGUUAGAGAAAGACUAGAGACGGGGAAGACACCUAGAGAUAGGGAAGACACCUAGAGACGGGAGAGACGCCUAGAGAUAGGGGGCAGACAUAGAGACGGGGGGCAAGCUUAGAAAUAAUAGAAAGACUAAAGACGGAUGUACUGAUGGAAGUAGUAGAUCUGUGUAGUAGAGUCGUGUAGUAAAUUUGUAGCGUGAAUGGCAG